GCGGCGCUGUCCCGGUUUUGAGGGUAAGUCGGAAAGUGAACCGGUAUGAAAAGGCGGCCAGUGCCGCCUUCAUGCGUACAGUGGUUGCUGGAGGAUCACCAAACCCAACAUGCUCUGCGUGCUCGCUCUCGUCGUCUGUCUCGUCGGACUCGGUUCCGCUCAACGGGCCGCAGACUAUGAAUGCCCCGAGCAGUUCGGCUUCUAUCCCCACCACAAGAGCUGUGACAAGUACUACGCUUGCAGUAAUGGUACCGCUAGUCUGAAGACCUGCGGCAAUGGUCUCGUCUUCGACGACGUCGACCCACUGCGGGAGAACUGCGCUUACCCAUUCUCCGUGACCUGCGGCGACAGGACCGACCUCGAGCCUCCGAUCAGCACUCCCAACUGUCCACGCCUGUACGGCAUCUUCCCCGACACCCACAACUGCCGCGUGUUCUUCUCUUGCUGGAACGGUGAGAGUUCUCGGUACGAGUGUCCCCCUGGCCUCGCCUACGACAACGACCAACGCGUCUGUGUCUGGGCUGACCUUGUCGACCGUUGCGACCAACGCGAGGUUGCCGAGGGAUUCGUCUGCCCUGACCCUGCCGAUGUUGAUCAGCCAGGUGUCUUCACGCGUCACGCCCAUCCAACUGACUGCCGUAAAUUCUACGUGUGCAUUGAAGGUCAGGCCAGGCCUUAUGGCUGCAGCUUGGGCACUGUCUUCAACGUGGACUCUCUGCAGUGCGAUGACCCAGAGAAUGUUCAGGGAUGCGAAAACUACUAUGGAGACCUAGACGUGAAGAACCUUAAGAAGGCCCAGAGUCCGAAGAAGCCAUCGGGACGUCAAUCGAGUCAUGCUGACGACAACUAGGAUCACGUAACUCCGAAUUUCCCUUCAAAUAUCAUCUCUCAUCUCAAAGCUACCAUCAGUCAUCAAGAGAAACCGUGUAGAGAAUCAUCGCCGAGAAAAUGAAAUAACAUCCGCGUCUAUUUACAGCAAUCCAGAGGGGUUGUUGCAGACGCAUGCUAUGUCACUGCAAGUCUUCAUCUCCAUUAUGAUCAGUUGCAUUAAAAUUUAUCCUCCUGA